AUGGGAUUUCACUCAAAGAAUGAUCUGUUCGGGCUGUUUGAGACUUUGAUUUGGGCUGCUGUAGGGUGCUACGUUCUGAUGAGUUUCGUUUGCUGCUUGGUUCAUAACGGUAGAGUACAAGCCAUCGUUCUCACACGUGGUGGGGAUUUGCCACCGGACGAAUACACUGAAGUAUCGGCAGGCCAAGCACUGACUUUGACCUGCUCUGUGUCGUCGCAUCCUGAUGACCAAAGGAGCGUUCGUUGGCUGAUAGGUAGUCUCGAUAAUGUGAUUACAACGAAUUCCGAAAUACGGACGGCCGAUUCUCGUGUUUCAGUGUAUGUGUUUAUAGAGAAUAAUCAUCAUACUUUCUCUUUACACAUUGCAAACGUAACAAUAUCAGAUUCCGGAAGAUACAUUUGUAGUGCCAGAUGGACCGGUAGUUAUCCGUAUCGCUGGGGCAAUGUCUACGUAUCAGUAAAGAACUUCCCACAAGAGAGCCCGAUAUGUUCAAGCAAUGCUUCAGACAUUUCUCCUGCAAACCAGAUUGUGUGGUGUGACUCGAUGCAGGGAUACCCCAAUGUGACCAUAAGAUGGACCGUGGAAUCAACGAGCGAGGAACUAAAUGGCACGUUGGAACACUACACAGACGAGACGGGACAAGAACGUGUAAAGAACGUACUUGAUUUGUCCCAACUGACGCAGCCGUACGCAAAUCUCGUGUGUACGGUCACCGGUUCGGCUUUUCCAGGCCUUAACAAGACCUGCAACAUCAUCAUCAUUCUACCGGUCGAACCAAUUACAUCAAGCCUGCCACCGGCCACUCAGUCUGUCACAACGGUACAGACCAAAACGGACGCUCAAUUAACCACAACGGACGCACGUGGUUCGCCUGGUAUAAACACUUCAACCCUAGUGCCAGCGGUGGUCAUACCUAUAUUAUUGAUAACACUCCUUGUCUCACUGAUUUGCAUCAAACAAAAGCGGCGAGGCCCUGGCUCUAAGAACAGAGACAACAACCCGGGUAGAAAUUCCGCAACGAGCACAACAAGAGAUGAGAGAAAUGUAAGCGUUAUCGUCCCAUACUCGGUCACCAUAAUGGAUAACAGAGGAGGGACCGAGCGACCCUGUCAACCAGCGGGCGAGACGGGACACCUCGGCGGGAGGAACUCGCGCGAAGCCCCUUAUGAAGUUCGAAUAGGCCCCGCUGGAUCUGCCGUUGUGGAAAAAGAGCCCAACAAAUCAAAAGUCACUAACAGCCAAAAUCCCAAUGUGUCAUAUAUCAACACAGUUUUCGGCAAUGCUGAUGACUAUCUCGUCCCUAACAGCCACGGACCACCGGAAAGUGACUCCCAUUACGAGCACGUUAACGUAGAUGCUGACAAUAAACGCGUUACGGACGUAACAAGUAACACGCCACUGGAUGAAACACCGUAUGAAGUUCAGCUAGAAGUUUCUAGAAGAUCUGCCGAUUACAUGGAAAUACCGGAGCCGAAGACUAAUACAGGGGACGGUCACCAUCCCAAUGACGGUGCACGCUGCAAGAAUCCUGCAGACGACGGUGGCUACCUUAUCGCCAACUGCCACAGAACACCGGAAGAUGACUUUCAUAAGUACGAGCAGGUUAACACAAGUGUUGCCGGUAAUGGACCCCUUGCGUGAACACUUGGUGGCGCUU